UGAAAAAAAAUUACAGACAAAUGCUCAGAAUACAUCACAUAUGUUAGAAAAAACGGAGGAAACAAAUCCAACAGCAGCGGACAUGGACAAAAAGACGAUGUCAACACAACCCUGACAUCGCGUUAGCUUAGCGGCUAAAGCGAGCGAGCAGCGUCGCACGAUAAAAAUGAGUUUUCCCAAAAGGAAGUUAGCGCAAAUUAGGCAGUGGGGCUGGAUGUGUGAUCAUGGAGGCCAGAGGUGAUGAGGUUGCAGAUGGCCAACAUAUUUUGUCAUCUAACGCUGGUUUCUCCGAGUCCAGAGAUGAGAGGUCCAAUGAGAACAUGGAUGUGGAUGAAGAUGGUUUAUUCAAUCACUCCACCACUCUGACCAACAAGCAGCGUGGGAAUGAGGUUACAGUACGCCCAGCAACGUUAGACUCUCUGUCCAUACAUCAGCUUGCAGCUCAGGGCGAGGUCUCACAAGUGGCUGCACACCUGACUAAAGACAGUUCACUGCUCAGCAAACAGGAUGAACGGGGCUUCACGCCUCUCAUGUGGGCAGCAGCGUUUGGAGAGAAAGCAGUGGUGGAUUUUCUCUUGGAAAAGGGCGCAGAUCCCAAAACUAUUGCAAGGGAGCGAGAAAGUGCCCUGACACUGGCCAGCUCUGGAGGUUAUGUGGAUAUUGUUGAGUCUCUUCUCAAACACGGAGUAGAUAUUAACACCUAUGACUGGAAUGGGGGAACUCCUCUUCUAUACGCUGUACGAGGAAACCAUAUCAAAUGUGUAGAGGCACUCUUAGCCAAAGGGGCAGACAUGACCAUUGAGUCCGACUCUGGGUACAGUCCAAUGGCCUUAGCUGUUGCCCUUGGACACAAAAAGAUUCAGAAAGUGCUGGAGGACCAUAUUCUCAAACUCUACAAACCAACAACAUGACACUAGCUAAAAUAAACGAAGGGGAAGGACAGUUUGACACAAUCGACCUUUAGCCAGCUAUGAUCUGUGGCAAGAUGAAGAGCUGUCACAACGAAAAGUAUUUUUUGUUUUUGUGCAGACACAUUUACACUGAGUAAACUGCAUUUGUUAUUUUAUAAAUCGUUUAUUCGAUUCGUACGCAUUACUUUGUAUGCAUUGCAGUGUACACAAACUUUGUACAAACAAGGACUAAAAUGCAACAUUUGUGCAGCAGAGUUAUUUUGUUUGGCUGAAGGAUAGCAAAAAAAAGGACUGUAAACAAGUUUUAAUAAAAAUGUAUUUUUA